UUUUCCAGUCGUGAUUUUAAUUUCGUUGUGUUGCGCUGCGCUAGUUGUUAUUUUAAUUUUAAAUAAAUUUGUUAACUGAAGUUAUGGUGUUUAUUUAAGAAGUUGUUAUGGAUCUUGCAAAAUGGCUUUUAAAAUCACUGACCUUAUGUUCUUUUUGGAUAUGCAUUACUGCGAGUGAUUUCAAAUUUUAUUGGAAUAUUCCCACAUUCAUGUGUGCAAAAUAUCAAAUUAAAUUUGAUACACUCCAAACAGAAUAUGGAAUAGUUCAUAAUCAAAAUAACACCUUUCGAGGGGAUCAAGUAUCAAUUCUAUAUGAUCCUGGUAAUUUUCCUGCAAUUCUACAGAACACUUCUUCAAAUGAAUUUUUCUACAGAAAUCAUGGCGUCCCACAGGAGGGUAAUUUGUCUGAGCAUUUGCAACUUUUCGAAUCGCAAUUGGAAGAGCUAAUUCCUGAUACGAAUUUCUCUGGCAUUGCAAUAAUUGAUUUUGAGUCUUGGCGACCAGUUUAUAGACAGAAUUUCGGAACCCUAAAGCCUUAUAAAAUUCUGUCAAUGCAAAUUGAGCAGAAAAAUCAUCCUCGAUGGUCAAAAAAACAAAUCGAAAAUGAAGCUGAAAUGAAUUUUGAAAUCGGAGGAAAGACUUUUAUGCUCGAAACUUUGCUGACUGCCAAACGAUUACGUCCAAAUGCUAAAUGGGGAUACUAUGCAUUUCCGUAUUGUUUUAAUAAUGGAAUCAAUCCGGAGAAAUGUGCGAGAGGUGUACCCGAAGAAAAUAAUAUAAUCCAGUGGAUGUUCAAGUCUUCUGAUGCGAUUUUUCCCUCUGUGUAUUUACAAGAGAAAAUUCCUCCUUUAAAUCGCAUGCCCUUAAUAAGAGGAAGAGUAAUUGAAGCUUUGCGUGUUGCAAAUUAUCAAAAUAAAGGAAGAAAAAGGCCACAAGUUUUGGUUUAUCACAGAUAUUUGUAUACGGAUACUUUGAAGUAUAUUGAUAUUGGAACUACUUUCGAAAUGUUUAAUGAGGUUAAACGUCAAGGAGCAGAUGGCGUCAUUUUGUGGGGUAGUUCUUAUGAUCUUGAUUCUCGAAUAAAGUGUCAAGAGUUUCAAAUGUAUGUAAAAGAACAAUUGGGACCUGCAGUUCGGUUGGUUAGUAUAAGAUGAUAUUUUAAUGAAUUAAAGACACUUGGCACAAAAUAUACUUUUUGUAUCUAUUUUUCUCAACCAAUGCAAUCAAUUGUAACCUAGAUAUUAUUUUUAAAUAUCUUUUAUAAAGCAUGUUGUUGAAAAGGUCUAAAAAAAAAUUCUUUCCAAAACAAAAAAAAAUUUAAAAUUGGUGAAAAUUUAUGAGUGCAGUUUACAAACAAUAAAA